AUGCUAUUCAAACAAUCAACCCGACACCUCGCGCUCGCAGCGCGCAUCUCAUCGCCCGUUCGCUCCGCCAUUCCCAGACGGCCAUUCACAUCAACCACUGCACAGUUCACCUCGGAGCAGCCGAGCGCGUAUAGGCAGGGGAUGUCCAACUACAAGACUUUUGCGGGGGCUUUUGGCAAGGUCUUUCUCGGGGCUGUGCUCACGUAUCAGAUUAUUUACUGGACGUGGUUGAAGUUGGAGACGGAUGAGUCUAGGCUUGAGAAGAAUGAGGAGAUGGCUAGUUUGGAGAAGAAGGCGAGGGAAUUGGCGGCUGCCCAGAAGUGA